AUGGGGAGUGUCAACUCCGUCGCCUACGUUCAGUGCCAGAUGGACAACAUGCUGCAAGCUGCCGACACUUUCGAUGAGCACAUCUCCCGCCUGCAUAAGCUCUUUACCGUCUUCCAGGAUCAUAACAUCACGCUGAGCCCCGAGAAGUCACGUCUUUGUUUCCCCUCUCUAACCAUCCUCGGUACCACUAUUAUCGACCCUAAGACCCGCCAGAAGAAGUUCUUCAAGAAACAAGAGGCCCUCUAUGACUGGAUCUUCGAAGAACGAGAACGCGAGUUCGAGGCCGCUGUGGUCACUGACCGCCUGGAAAGCGCAGGGCGUGAAACUUAUUCAGGAGAGGGACGUCCUCGGUGA